AUGAGGCUAGAGCGCGGGCGGCGGGCUUCUCUGGCGAUCACCCUCAACUUUGUGGCGUUUGCUUUUGCCUUAUCAGCGGUGACCACCAGCUACUGGUGUGAGGGGACCAGGAAGGUGCCCAAACCCUUCUGCACAGGACCGCCGCUGAAGGUGAAGCAGUGGUUCUGCAUCCGCUUCAACAGCUCCAACAUCAACGACACCCGGUUGGUCCAGUACAUCUUUGAGAGCGGAGAGGAGAAGUUUCUUUUGAGGAAGUUCCACACAGGAAUAUUUUUCUCCUGUGAGCAGGCCGCCGACAUGAACGGGUUUAACUGUCGAGACUUCUCAGAGAUUGCGCCAGAACAUGAAAGAGGGGUCCUAUGGUUGUGUAUCGUGGCUGAGAGUCUGUACCUUACCCUGCUCUGCACAGGCGGGGCUCUGAUGAUCCUAGAGCAAUGCCCCUGCUUCAGUAUCAUGAACAAACUGAAGCUCAGUGCCUUCGCUGCCAUGUGCACUGCCCUGUCAGGCCUUUGUGGGAUGGUGGCCCACAUGAUGUUUACCACCAUAUUCCAGCUAGCGGUCGCUAUGGGACCAGAAGACUGGAGGCCCAAGACCUGGGACUACAGCUGGUCUUAUAUCUUAGCGUGGGGCUCUUUUGGCACCUGCAUGGGCUCUGCAGUGACGGCGCUCAACAGGUACACAAAGACCAUCGUAGAGUUUAAAUACAAGCGGCGGAACAUCGAGAAGAGCCUGAUGAUCAAGCAGAAGAUGUUGGAGCAGGACCUCCCCGAGCAGAUGUGGGACAUGUACCUGACCGCUGACGCCGAGGCACAGCUAGAACUGCCGGUCAACGGCCACAAACCCUCCACAGGAACAACAUAUGUGGUGGAAAUGGACCAUGAACCAGAACCACAAGGAGAGGCAUAUUGCUAAAAAUGGAGUCCCCGCCCCCGUGCCCCACUGGAACAGUUUUCGGGGCUGAUUUCCUGGACCCAGAUUGACUUGUUCCUGGAUUUAAAUUCCUAAUACAGGAGCUAUAUUUGUUUGUUUUGUUGCCACACAUUGAAUGUGUGUCUGGGAGGACAGAGCCCAGAUUUUUCUUCCGGAAUUAAUGUAACAUGGUCGGCUUUGACACGACACGCAUUUCAUCAAAUCUUUCCAUGUGGGAGGAAGGGAAGAGGGCUGCAAUUUCAACGUCUUCACACUAAUCUGUGACAAGCUGCAUGAUGUGCAGGCUCCUGCUGCUGCUGCACAGAUCCUUUAUAUUAUGUCUCAUGUUGUCAUCUUUUGCUGAAUUGGCCUUUUUUAACUCAAGUUGCAUGAAAAUGUUACUCGUGUUGCUUUCUGGGAUGAGGCUUGGUCACCUACCUCACCUAGUGAGAUCAUUACUGUACUAUACCAUCAUGGAAGGAUUACUGAAUGGGCCUACUGGGCACAGGCAAAGGGGCCCAAAAUGGGUUGCCCAAGGGGUCAAGGGACUGUUAACACUUCUUGUUGGAAUGUCAAUCAAAUGACUACAGAUUGACACAAUAUAACUAUAGAGAGACAUAAAAAGACCACAAAGACACACAAAACAAUCAGAAAGGGGUGUGAAGCCACCACAAAAACACCCUAAAUGACCAAAGACAGAUGCAAAAUGACCACAAAGACACACAAAACAAGCACAAAGACCAAACAAAACAAGCACAAAGACCAAAAAAAACAAGCACAAAGAGACAAAACAACAUCUAAGAGACAAAUGACCACAAAGACACACAGAAUGACCACAAAGAGAGACACAAAACCACCACAAAGACACAAAGAGACUCAAAACAACCACAAAGACACACAUUAUGACCACAGAGAAAUAUAGGGCAACCACAAAGACACAAAAAACAAUCAGAAAGACACACAUUAUGACCACAAAGACACAAAAAACAACCACAAAGAUACA